GACGGCGUGCAGUGCCGCCACGCCGUCCGCCUCGUCCGGCUAGAGGCGCUAGAGGCGAGCUCGACGAGUAGAGCCCCGCGCCAUGCACGGCGAGCCGACGCGAACGACGCGGAGAACGACUCGAGCGACGCGCCGCGCACCAUGGUGGCGUCCUUCAACAGGCAGCGCAAGUGGCUGGACAGGCUGGCGCGAUGGGUCGUCCCCACCAACCUGCGGAGCCUGCUGCAAACGCAGGGCGCCCUGGACUCGGCGGUGGCCUUCGCGUUCACCGUGUUCUUCUUCUGCGAGCUGGCCAGGCCUGGCACCUUCACCUCCAAAGACACCCUCGCCCACAUGAGCAGGCACGAACUGAGACAAUACCUGGCGUUUUACCUGUGGUACGCGCUCAUGUACCUGGCGCAGUUCACCGUGUCUCUCCUCCUCUACAUGGACGUCCGCAACGUCAAGUACAACGUGGAGGGUAGGCGCCGCACCAUCUUCGUGUUCCUCGUCUUCUCCCCCGUGCUGCUGGUCAACCUGUUCCUGUCCGCGGGCAACGUGCUGUACUUCCCCUGGGCGCCGCUCGGCCUUUUCUACGUGCUGCACACCAUGUUCGUGGCGACGUACUGGCUGUACGCGUUCCGCUACUACCACUGGCUGGGCGACGGCGAGCUGGUGCUCUUCGAGACGCCCCUCGUGGGGAUGGGAGUGGGGCCCUCCACUUCCACGUCCCUGGCGGGGCCGUCGCGGCGGGUCGCCGCCGACGGGCUGGCGCCGCGGACAGGGGCACGUCCACGCCGGCCGCGGCCUUGGCGGCUGACGGCGUAAGCACUGCGGCCGUCCCCAGGACCCCCAGGACCGUGGCCGUCGCCAGGCUCGUCUCCAUCAGCGAAGCCGAGGAGAACGACUGACCAUAUCGGCGGGGUGACUUCGCCGACGCGUGAGUUUGAGAAAUAUGGACUGUCUCAGAUAAAUUUUUAUAUUUAGCCAGAGUCGAUGAGAGUUACUGAUACCACAAAUUCUUUUGUACAAUAAAGGGUGAUACCCUCUGAUUGGCUGCUCUCUUUAGGUGUCUAACAAGCUCCAAAAAUAUCAGGAGAAUUGGGGGGGGUCGUGGGGAGGUGAGGCUUUAAUAAUGAUUGUAAGCUUGGGUGACUUGGGUUCCAGGACCAUGCCACAUAUUUGUUUUAUUUGAUUAUAUGGCACAUACAUUAUUAUUACAAUAUUGCAAGUGACAUCUAAUCAUGAUUACCUCAGUCAACAGAACACACAGUACACAAUACAGAUAUAUCACACAUAUUUGUAGCCUUUUUGCCAGAGACUAGAGCAAUACUCAUUGCUAGAGCAACUUUAAAUAAGAAUAUCGAUCCCAAAAGAUCAAAAAUAUGGAAAGAAGUCUAGAAUGACGAGUUUAAUGAGGUGUGAUACAGAAAAAUCCAGCAAAACUAUGAAGAUACUUUUUGUUCAACAGCCACUUACCGAAGUUUACAAAGUCUUUCGAUGCAGAUUUCGUGUGCUGAGUCUCAAGGUAGUGCAACGUUUUUUAAAACGUAAUAUAAUAUUUCACAUGACACAGUAUAAUUUCUCCCCUCCCCCUCCCCUCCCAUCUUAACAACUUCAACAAAUUGAUCACAUAACAAAAACAAUUUAGAAUUGUUAAAAUGUUUCAACAAUAGCAAUGAAUGUUUGUGUAGUCUGCUAUGAACUACAGCAUAAAAAUUUUAAGUAGAUACGGAACUCCUAGUAUUAGAAAAUAGAGCAUCUCUGAAGAAUGAGAAAGAAAAGGGUUAGACCCUGUAUAGUAUAAGAUAUAAAAUAUGCAACUUAACAAGUUCACUUUGGUCCAAAGUCUUUGGGUGAAAUGCAAUGAAAUGUUAGCAUAAGUAUUUACUACCUACUCAUUUGGAACAUUAAAAGACAGAAAAGAAACCAUAGAGAAAGAAUGAAGAACACACCCAGCAAAAGAUUCAUUCACAACUCUGACAUAACAAAAGCAAAAUAAAAAGAGUUUUUCUCUGCCCAACCUCUUCUCUUUGAUUGAUAAAAAUGUGAAAACUCUUUGAAGUGUGAUUACUACAAAAACAAAUGAUUGAAGAAUGAUUUUUACAUGCCAUGAAUGGACAGUUACAAUUAACAUGAGCCAGUCAAUGAGCAUUUCAGGAACAUACAGGCAACUUUUCAAACCAAGUUUGAGUGAGAUCAAAAUGCAGUAUCUUUCAAAGGAAGGGGCAGUAGCAUAUGACAACAGAGAAAAGUAAUCAAGCAUGAAAGUCUCGCUCAUCCUAAACUGAACACUCAUUUUUAAAGAAAUAAUUCAGGUAAUCAUAUAAGUAUAAAUGACUAGUAAAUAAAAUAAAAAUAAUAAUAAUAAUAAUAGUAGAAGUAGUUACAUCAUGUCAUCAAUCAGAAAAAGUAAAAACUGACUUUACAAAAAAUACAAUACAAAAAUUAACUUUGCUAUAGCACAAUUGUGGUCAUUACGUGAAGGAAUGCCAACUCGGAAUGGUUAGGACUGUCAAAAGAUUACAUUGUCACUAAAAUAUUAAGACUGAG